AUGUCGUCGGCGUUUAGGACGCUCGCCAUGCGCUGGCCCCCCCAGCAGAGCCUUGUCCGAGCCUGUCCCAAGGCUUCCUUCUCGACCUGCUUCGCACAGCCUCCGCCGCGCCAGAGACCGGCAUGUGACCCAACAGUCUCCCGCCGCUGGGCCCUCAGACCCAAGCCGACGCCCCUGCCAGCGCGCCCCGUUCCCGCAGCCCGGUGCUUCGCCAAGCAAGCCUCAGCCUCGGCAUCGAAGCCCGCCCUCGACUGGAACUCCUUCUUCCAGCUCCGUCUCCGCCGUCGCCGCAUCCAGAUUGCCUUUUCCGUCGCCGGCGGCCUGAUGGGCGGUGCCGGCGGCGCCAUCCUCGUCUCCACCGGCUUGGCCGAGCCCCUCGUCAUGCAGGUCCCUCUCGACCCCUUCUUCACCCUCGGCCUCAUGACGCUCGCCUGCGCCGGCAUGGGCUGGCUCGUCGGGCCCAGCCUCGGCAACCAGGUCUUUUACAUCCUCAACCGCCGCCUCAAGGUCCAGAUGAUGGACAAGGAGAGCGAAUUCUUUGCUCGCGUCAAGAAGAACCGCGUCGACCCCUCCAACUCGAGUGCCGGAAACCCAGUCCCCGACUUUUACGGCGAAAAGAUUCAGAGCGUGCUGGGCUACCGGAGGUGGCUCAAGGACCAGCGGGCCUUUAACAAGAAGAAGACGGCCAACUUUGUCUAG